AUGACUUCGACUAGCAGCUCUCCUCCCGUCAUGGCCAGCGCGGUGCUACAUCGGGACACCCAUUUUUUCCCAAUGAAAGCCAUUGGUGGCAAAGGAAGUUAUAUCUUUCUCGAAGACGGCACAAAGUUUCUCGACUCCACCGGCGGUGCAGCAGUGUCAUGUCUAGGACAUGGCAAUGAGCGUAUCACCGAUGCCAUUAAAGACCAGAUGAAUCAGAUAUCAUAUUGUCACUCUGCAUUCUUCGGAACUCAGGUAACAGAGGAUUUAGCCAGCUUUCUGACAGAGUCUACUGGGGGGAAACUCUCGAAACUUUUUGUUGUCAGCUCAGUUGGCUCGUCAAUUUUUUUGGAGCUCCCCACCCCUCAGCCGCAAAGGACGCGAUUCAUCGCUCGGCUGCCGUCGUAUCACGGUGCUACACUAGGUGCUUUGGGUGUCGGUGGCCAUGUCCUACGACGACAGCCGUUCGGUCCUUUACUUUCUCAGAACACAUCUCACGUGUCCCCGUGCUAUGCAUAUCGAGGAAAGAAGGAUGGUGAAACUGAUGCAGACUAUGUCGCACGUCUGGCGACAGAGCUAGAGGCAGAGUUCCAGCGCGUUGGGCCAGACAAUGUUUGUGCAUUCAUUGCAGAACCAGUAGUCGGUGCUGCUCUUGGAUGUGUUCCAGCAGUCCCUGGUUACUUUCCCGCCAUGAAGGCUGUCUGUGAGAAAUACGGUGCUCUUCUCAUUCUCGAUGAAAUAAUGAGUGGUAUGGGUCGUUGCGGGACUCUCCAUGCCUGGGAGCAGGAAGGUGUUGUGCCUGAUAUCCAGACUAUUGGAAAAGGUCUUGGUGGCGGAUAUGCCCCUGUUUCCGGCCUUCUCAUUGCGGACGCCAUUGUGCAGACAAUGGACAAGGGAACUGGUCAGUUUCGGCAUGGACAGACAUAUCAGGGUCAUCCGAUUUCUUGUGCGGCAGCACUAGCUGUUCAGAAAACGAUCCAAGAACAAUCUCUUUUGGAGAAUGUGCAAAAGAUGGGUGCUUAUCUUGAACAAAGACUCCGCGAGCGCUUCGAAAGACAUCCGUACGUAGGCGAUAUUCGAGGCAAGGGUUUGUUCUGGGGGGCUACCAAAGAGCCAUUUGACACUGAAACUCGUUUAUCAUUCCACAUCCAAGAAAAGGGUCUCCAACCAGAUUAUGCUCUCUCGCUAUAUGGAUGCACAGGAACGGUUGACGGUAUCCGUGGCGACCAUGUGAUAUUGGCACCGCCCUAUAUUGUGUCAAUGGAGGAAAUCGACAUUAUUGUCAACACGUUUGCCCGGGUUCUGGUAGACGUAUUCGAAGAACUGAAACUGUAG